CACUCUCUCCACCACUCACACGCGCGUGUGGCUGCUCUGUGGUCUUAGAGAGAGAGAGAGUGAGCGAGUGAUUAAAACUGGAAGGUAAAAGGUAAACAGUGCCUCAGUGGGAUCAGGAAGCGGUAGAAAUGGCGGUGCCUUGGACUGCAGGUUUCAGUGUUCAGCGAAUGUAGUAGAAUCUAGUUUUCUCUCGUGUUUGUUGGUAGAGAAUAGAAUACCUCUAGUUUACUAUCUGGUGCAUUUUUUUUAUUCUUCCUUGGUGUGUGUGCUUCUCCUUCUAUCGGAAGUAGCCUUUUGGCACAGUCCAGACAACAACGUAAUUUUCAUUCAUUUGAUCUGACCCAGGAGAAGGGAGUUGCGUCGACGUUCAAUCAUUCCUGAUGGCAUCAGAAAGAGUGCAGCGACGCAAACCAAGGAGAAUAUCCAAGAAGCACAUAUUUUCGGACGAGAAAGUUCAAGAGAUUCGGGAUGCGUUCCAUAUGUUUGACAAAAAUGGAGAUGGGAUGAUCACAAGCGACGAGCUGGGCUCGGUGAUGAUAUCCUUAGGUCAAAGGGCGUCGGCGCAUGAGAUCAAGAACUAUAUUAGAGCCGUGGACCUUGAUCGAGACGGCAACAUUGACUUCGAUGAGUUUGUCGACAUCUUUGCCCGCAAGGUAACCAUGGACCCCGAAGCAGAGCUACGAGAAGUCUUCAAAGCUUUCGAUUCAAACCACGAUGGGUUUAUCGUCCCUGAGGAACUCUUCAACGUCUUGAAAAAGCUUGGAGAAAACACGUCAUUGAACGAAGCCCGGGAAAUGAUUAAAGAGGCAGAUCUCAACAGCGACGGAAAGGUCGACUACGCAGAAUUCAAGAACAUCUACUGGUCGAAGAGUCAAAAAUAGCACAGCCCAGCAUUUCCGCCUUCUGUAUAUAUACUGACUGUUGAGAGGAUGAGAGAGUGAAGAUCGUCCUCGUGUUGUGUAAACGUGCUAUUGCUGUGGAUGUAUAUUACGAGUAUUAUAUAUCAAAGAUUGCACAUAACAAGAUAGUCCACUCUUUUCUUUUUGAGGCAAUUUUAAAAAGUGUCCUAAUAAAUCCGGUGGCGCCCUCUUCGAAAAAGCGCGGACUUUGCGAUCAGAGUUACCCUACUUGUGGGAAAAACAAUCAAAGGGAAACAAGCUGUGUUAUUCUUGAUCUUCUUCUGGAGAAACGAAAGAGAGCUUCAAAACAAAGGACAGUCACGCCAUCUGAAGCAAAGCGCGGACUUCUGCGGACAGAUUUUUUGCCGAGUGAACUAUCUUGUCAAGAACGGUCUUUGAUAAUAGUAAAUUAAUUUACAUCCAGUUUCCGGGCUUCGUUUCCACGCCUGCUUAUUCUUCGGGGACAACCCACGGGCGAAGUUCGAGUUCAAGCGAUGCGAUUACGUCGAAUGGUUCGAAAUUAUUCGAGUUGUCACGUCAUUCGACAAGGGUAUCCUAUCAAAAACUGCAUGAUGUAAUGAUGUUUCAAGUUAUCUAACAGGAAACUGUUAUUGAUUGACAUGGAGAAGCCUUUUUUUCCCCAGCGAGACGAACUCGUCUCUUUGAUGGAAUUCGUGGAAUUCGAAGUCAUCUUUUGUUAUCCUCGCCUCCUUCUUCAACUCCUUUGUUCGUACUGCGUCCACAAAAACAGCUCACAAAGGAGAAUACUAGUCUAAUACUACUGUUGACCUGUGAACUCUUCAGUGCAAGCCUUAACAUGGCUUACACAACUCGCUCGUUAUGAUGUCUGUAUGAACACGCAACUAAAUGAAAAUCAUCAUCACAAAAAAUUGUUAAUUAAUAAUUCUAUUUUUAAAA